GUGGAAUUCGCUUAGCGAGACGUGUGUGCUUUUUUCAAUAGAAUUUUCUCAAUAAAUGUGUGUGGAAAAUGGCAGAUUCCGAGGUAUUAAAAAAAUUGAAGGAUAUACCGUUUAAAAUCCAGACCGCAAGUUUGAAAGAACGACGUGAGGUUGUUGAAGAAAUUCGGAAUGUAUUAUCAACACCGGGUAUAACAGAGCCAGCAGUGCGGUUUGUGUGUCGCCUGCUGGUGCUCACUCUACACCGCUACAGGGACUCCACCUCCCAGUCCUAUAUCAAGAGCUUGGUGGCCCACCUAGCCGCUACCCACAGAGAAUGGACCCUCAAAGCUCUGUUGCCUGUUCUGCUAGAAAUAUCAGAACAGCUGAAGAACACAGCUUCAUCAAAGAGCAUUUGCCAAAGUGGACUGUAUGCACUGCGCUGGUCCACAGUUCUCAUAGAUGGCACAAUAAAGUCCACAGAAGAGAAUGGAGUGGACUACAAUACUCUUGUGAUAUCCCAGGCCAACCUACUAGCUGCGAUUACUGCAUAUGGGGACCAUAGAAAGAGUGAUAAGGCAUAUUCUAUGUUACAUACAUCUUGGGUAUCAAUAGGCAAGGCUAAAUUAUCCAAGUGGAUAGAGGUGUUACUUGCGACACCACCAGACUUAGGUCCACAGAUCUGUGUGACAUUCUCCAUUCUGUGCCGACAUCUACAGCAGAUUGGUGACGGUGAUACCAUUGAACAACACAAGACUAAGAUGCUGGAAAGCUUUACCAAGAGUUUAAUCAGCGUCAAAUCUCGACCAAACGCGAACUACAUCAAGGGUUGUCACAACCUGUUAAGUCAACUCAAUUCUGGAGAUGUCCGCGACGCACUGUUACCGGCGCUACACAAGGCCAUGCUGCGCAGCCCUGAGACCAUCGUGCAGGCAGUCGGACAGGUGUUCGCCAGCCUCAAUGUAGAGUUGGAUGGGCUGGCUGUCGACAUCGGCAAAAGUUUAAUUGUGAACCUGCACUCGAAGGACGAGUGGGUGCGCGGCGAGGCGCUGGUGGCGCUGGAGCGGCUGGCGGCGCGCUGCCGGCAGCCCGCCGCCGCGCGCGCGCUGCUCACGCAUGCCUUCGCGGAGUACCACGGCGCCAGUGGCAAGCUCACCUCCAGCGAGGACAAGAUCGCAGUACUCAAUGGUGUGAGCUGUCUGCGCGCGCUGCCGGUAUCUGGCGCAGAUCGGCAGACCCUGUUCAGUGAGGUAGCGACUCAACUGGCGCGAGUACUAGACAGUGAGUCCCACGAACGCACCCUGUGCGUGGCACUGGACACGCUGCAGCGGUGGACCGCCGGUCUGGGGGCCCCGCUGCCUGAUAAGAUACUCGAUAUAUUCAAGAAGAACUUGUCAGCGAAGAGUACGACGCAGGUGGUGCGCACGAUGUACACGAGCAUGGUGGCGGCCGGGCUGCGCGCGUGCGGCGCCAGCCCCGCGCAGGCCGACGCGCUGCAGCCCGUACUCAGCAAGGCAGUCGACAAAGCGGCUCAGCAGCCUUUGCAGCACCUGGUGGUGAACGAGGGUAUCUGCGCGAUGCUGUGCCUGGUACAGCUGGACGCGGCGCGGUCGCUGGCGACGCGGCCGCAGUGGGCCGCGCUGGCCCACGCCGACAAGCACGUGCUGCUGCACGACCGCGUGCUGGCCGCCGCCGCCGACGACGGUGGUGUUGCUAUGCAGAACAGUGUUGGAAAACUACCAAAGUGUUGCCAGCGAACAAAACUCGCCAAUUUACAGAGCCUUCGUCUUAGUACUGUUAUCUCCUAUCAAGACUGUCCGUACAUCUGCUGUAGAGGAAGUUAAGGCACUACUUGCUAAAGAAGACAGGGUUCUCUUAGCUAGGAAUUUAGCACUAAAAUUGAAUGAAGUUCUGGAAGAAGGAAAAGUGUUCAACACCAAAGA